AUGCAGGUCAGGAACAUUCUCCCUGUGGCCUUGGCCAGUAUUGCGCUUGCCCAGGAGGGCAGCCAGCGAAACUUGACGGCAGCUCUGGCUUCCCAGAACUCUAGCUUGUCAUCUCUCAUAACACUCCUCGGCUCCCAGCCGGGCCUGGUCGGAGCUCUUUCACAAGCACAGAACAUCACCAUCCUGGCACCUAGUAACGCUGCCCUCGAGGCAUUCCUGGCAAGCCCGGGUGCCCAGGGCGCUGCUUCGAACCCCGGCCUCAUCACAGCCAUUCUCCAGUAUCACGUCCUCACCGGUACCUACUACGCUUCUCAGUUCACCGAAGAGCCGCGAUUCAUCCCCACCCUCCUCACCAACGAGACGUACACCAAUGUCACCGGCGGCCAGCGCGUCCAGGCCCAGACUGUCGAUGGCAACGUAACUUUCUACUCUGCUCUGAGAGAAAACUCGACUGUCACGGCUGGCAACGUCAACUUCACGGCUGGCACAAUCCACAUCAUUGACAAGGUCCUCAGCGUUCCCCAACCGAUCCCCGACACCCUUCGUGCUGCCAAUCUCACUGCUGCUUUGGGCGCCAUCGAGGCUGCCAACGUUGGCCCUGCUCUCACUGCCGCAAAAGAUCUGACAAUCUUCAUCCCCAAUAACGAGGCCUUCCGCUCUAUCGGAAACCUCACCGCCAACCUGACUGCAGCACUUCCCAGCAUCCUCCAGUACCAUGUCGUUGCCGGCUCUGUCUUGUACAGCCCCGACAUUACGAACACUUCCUUGACUACUCUCAACGGCGGAAAUGUUACCAUCCGCGUCAUCAACGGGACAGUAUAUGUCAACGAGGCAGAGGUUCUCAUCCCCAAUGUCCUCAUCUCCAAUGGUGUUGUUCACGUCAUUGACAACGUCUUGAACCCCAACAACACUUCCGUGGAGCCCGACACGACCGCUUCUACCCGCCCUCCCGCAUACACCGACGCUGGCACUGCUACCGACGGCAGUAACCCCUUCACCAGCGGCAUCACCGGCCCCACCUCCACUGCCCCGUUGGCCACCGAGACCGGUCCCAACAACGGUGGCGGUGUCCGUUCUACCUCCUCCAGUACUGAGGCUGGUCCCAUACGCACCGCUGCUGUCGGCGCUGCUGCCCUCUUCGGCGGAAUGGCUGCCUACAUGAAUAUAUAA